CUUUUUUCUCAGAUCCACCAGAUGCUGCGCUCCUCCUCACAGCGGGGCGGGGGCAGCAGCCGCAACACCAGCGCCACCACCACUGCAUGAAGCUCCUUCUCCUUUUCUUUCCCCGUGUUGUUACCCUGCAGCCAUGUCCGACCAGUUCGACGAUGAGAUGCGUCCCCGCGGACGCCGACCCGCGUUGCUGCAACUAUGGCAUGGCUGAGCUGGUACCGGUGGGUUGCGGUGCUGGAACCAGCGGCCAUGGCUGCUGCAUCAAAUUGAGAAGAUUGGGGCGCCGUCGCGGCCAUGAUUUUUUUGCUACAUCAAAUUUUUGCUGGAACCUGUGUUUGAUUUUUGCUAGAACCACUUCUAUUUCUGUCGGAACCUUCUUUUGAUUAUGCUGCAAAUUUAGAGGAGGGUGGCGCCGUCUCCCUCAUGAUUUUUCGCCACAUCAAUUUUUGCUGGAACCUCUGUUGAUUUUUGCUGGAACUAGCAUCUGAAUUUGCUGCAUAGACUAUGAUGAUUUUUGUUGAUGAAUUUUGUUUUGCUGGAUGCGAUGUUAAUUUUUGCUGGAACCGGCUUCUUUUUUGCUGCAUCCAUCUACUGGACUUUUGUUUGCUGGAGCACGGUGUUGCAAGCCGACGACAGCGGCAAGCCGGAGACGGUGAUUUUGCUGGAAGCGGCAUAAUGUUUUGCUGGAAUUGGCUAAUUUUUUUUGCUUCAACAACUACUGGACUUCUUAUUGCUGAAUUUUGUUGUGCUGGAUCUAGCGUUAAAUUUUGCUGGAACCGACUUCUAUUUUUGCUUCAACCAUUUACUGAAAAUUUUGUUUGAUGUAGCACGGUGAUACAAGUCGACGGCGGCGAGCUGGACAUGGUGACCAACGGCGAAGGAGUUGCCAUUCAACUUGUUUUGUCCCCGUCGGCCGAUGUGUACAAUUGCUGCAUUUGGCUGAGCUGGAACCGGCUAGCGGGCGGAGCUGCAUCCGAAAAAGUUGCAACGGGAGAUGGGACGGUGACCGCCGACGAGUUACAGCGAGCUCAGGCGGUGUCUCCACUACGACCGCUGGGGAGGAGGUAGCGCUGCACGGGGAGAGCUGCUCGUGCAAUGUCCACGUGCUGUACCCCGGAGGCGGAGUCACAUGGGAGCAGAGGCGGGGGAUUUUUUUCUUCUGGGAAGCGUUGACUAGGACGAAGAAGGCAAAUCGAGGUGAGAGAGGCCAGAUCGGACGACUUCUGGAGGCCAGAUCGGACGGCUGGCGCUCGACCGGCCCAACAGAUGGGCCGGCGCGCCGGCGCAGAUCACUGCCCUUUGGCAAUCCCCAUCCGCAGCUGAUUUUAACAGGCCCGGCGUGAGGCUAGAUCCUGGGAACAGGAUUGCGUGGGUAAAGCAAAGCACACACUGUACAGCGCCAAAGUAAGAGAAAGAAAAGAGGGCAUCGUGGUGGUGCUAAGCAGCUGAUCAUUGCUCCAUCUCCUUCCUUUAAAUCAUUGCUUCUUACCCUCUCUUGAUGCAGCCAGGUCAGGUCAUCCCUCGCAGCAACAAAACAUUUUCCGGACGCGGGGCAACCGGAAUCGCCUUCAUUGCUGUUUCCAUAAGAUCGGCCCCCUCUGUUCUGCCUCGUUCCAAACAAAUUAAGGAGCCGGCAUAUAUAAGCCUCGAUUAAUUAUCAAAUCUCUGACAUUUACAUAAAGAGAACGCUCUAUUGGCAUUUCAGCUAGAUCAAUGGAGGGGCGGGAUUGCGACUCAGCAUCGGAGAGCUUCUCUAAGCACGUCAGUGGGCAAAUGUUCCGAGUCAAUGCCCUCCUUGUGGUGAACGCCAUCCUGAUGGGAGUCAUGGUUGGCACAGGUGCAUACGGCCAUCGCUAUCGCCACCAUCCACUAACCCGCUACAUCUUCUUGGGUGCCACUGCAUUGUUCAUUCCCAUAAUCUCCUAUGUCCUAUCUGCCAUUGGUAAUCAGAAUGGCAUUAUCCUUUUUGCCGCUGGAGAAAUCAUAAUAGGCCAGUGUGAUCCAAGUAGACACAUGAACCUAGUCUUAUUAUGGACUGGCCUUGUUCAAAUGGUUGGUAUCAGCACCACUUUGGUAGUGGUUAGUGAUCCUAGAGAAGGGCGAAACAUUGGCCCAUCUGGGGUACUACUUGUGCAGGCAAUGUGGACUUCCUACCUUAUGAUCUAUAACAUAGGAUUGAAUUAUGAUGUAUCAUCCUACAAUAAUACUCGUAGCUACCUCAAGUGGUCUCUGGUAUAUGCAUUUUCUCUAGAAGGAUUGAAGGUUAUCCCACCAUUUGCUCUUACCUUUGCCAAGUUACUUUUCAAGUGUUUUGCAUGGUACAAGGCCAGAAAAUCAUUAGCAAUUAAUUGGAUGCAAUCCUCGUCUUAUUGUUGGAUACAUGGAGGAGCUACAAGACACUGACAUGACAAACGGUUACUGGGAUAUACCUCCCCCACUAAUAGUAAUGGGCGAAGACACAUUAUCUGUGGAUAAGCAGCCUCAUGGUUAUAGCUUUGCCUGAUGCCCAACAUAGGUGGCUUAGUGACCAUUGAAAAAGUUUGGCAGCUGGAUGACAUGCAUGAUCUCAAGUUGACAUCACGGCUCAAAGAUGUAUGCCUCUCCUUCGCACUGUCCAAGCUUUUAAGGUGUCGGUUCACCAGGUACACAAAUGAUGAGAUUGGCUUCACCAAAGCUUCUAACUUUUUACGGCAUAUGUUACUCGGGGACAGUUAUGAUGACAGGCUACUUCGACUGGUUGAGCAUGAGCUUUCUUUUCUUCAUGAUAUUUAUUAUUCAUCUCUCACAAUCUCAUAUUCAAAGAUCUGGAUGCCCCUACUGAGCAUAUUAAUUUCACUCUCAGGCAUCGGUUACUGCUUAGUUUUAAGCAUUCUCAUAGUAUAUGUUCAAAUUGAUUAUCUGAAUGACACGUCAGAUGGACAAUUACCGCUGAUACGAUGCAACUAUCAGUGCCGUCGAUUCAUUAGUGAAGCGCAAGGCAAAAUACCAGCAGUACACCGUCAGUUUUUUGGAAGUGCAAUAUUUGACCUUGUACCGGUGGUUGUACUUAUUGCACUGGUUGUGCUUGCUGAGAUAAGAGAGGUUGCUUCUUACAUUUGCUCUAACUGGACAAAAGUGACCUUAAUCUGCCACUACAUAAACCAUGCUUCUUGGCAGAAAUCUCAUAUGAUGAAGAAAUGUAUUAGACGUGUGUUGCAAUGUAGAUGCAAGAUACUCAAGCAUUUUGAGGACAAAAUGAACCAAUGUUCAAUACUGGUGCUCCACCAAACGAAGACUCCAAUGAGACUUCUUCAUCUUCUUAAACCUGGUCAGAAGGUCAAGGUGCCAAGAGAGGUGAAGGCUGCUAUCAUGAAUGCACUGAGAAGCUAUGAGGGAAGCCGAGACAAUAACCGCAUUCCAUGUUUGAUCACGAGGCCACAAUUCAAGACCGGCGACAACCUCCUUUGGGUGGUUGAUGGCACAAAAGGUAUUGCCAAUACCAUUCUUGUGUGCCACAUCGCCACAAGCAUUCUUGAACUCGGGUCGGCUGGCUCAUGUCAACCUCUCACUGACCAUAAGACCGCUGCCAUUCACCUGUCCCGAUACUGCGCCUAGUUGGUGGCCAACUCUCCUGAGCUACUUCCAGACGACGACGAGUGGUGCAAGAGCUUGUACAAGACCGUCAAGAAGAAGGCCGAGCACAUCCUUUUGCCGGAGUGUCAACAGCUGAAGUGGAGUAUCAGCAGUUGGUGGAGCUGAUGAGCGCUUCACAGAAUCAUGAGGUGCUCAAGGAUGGUGCCAAGCUCGGACAACAGUUGGCGGAGCUGAACCAAGGAGAGACCAACAAGGGAGACGCGCGCGUGUCACACGGCAUCUCUCGGCUCAUCCACCGGUUGAUUCGUAGGAAAUUCGACUGUGGCAUGAUCAGCUCACUGCUCACGGAUGGAUGCGGCAGCGCACCGCUCCUCCAGACGGCUCGACUGAUUGAUACCCGCCCGUUGUUCUUUAUAACUUUUGUCCUUUACGAUCAAGCAAUGUAGUAGUAUCAAUCAGCAGUAUCGGCACGCCACCGCAUGGGACAUGUGGUUAGCAAAAUCGAAAUUCAUAUAGCAGUAUUGUCACGCCUUCUUGAGGAAGAUGGGCCAUCCUGAUUGAGAGGAGGGCUGGAGACUUGCAGUUGGCACGCGCGUCUUGUCUAGAAUAGUGGAGGAAGAUAUAUAAUUGGGGUAGGCGUGUUGCUCGUAGAUACCGAUAGACCGAUAAACUAGCAGCCGUCUCGUCAUCAACCUUGCAAGUUAGAAACCAGCCCCGUCUCCAAAUUAAUGGACGUCACGGCAUGGGCAUGGGCCUCCUUCCUGGCCGUCGUCCUCGUCGUCCUAACCAUUCUCCGCCGUGGCCGUGGCUCGCAGCCGCAGGGGAACAGGCUUCCACCAGGACCGAAGCCGUGGCCCGUGAUCGGCAACCUCAAUCUCAUCGGCGCGCUGCCGCACCGCUCCAUCCACGAGCUGUCCAAGCAGUACGGCCCGUUGAUGCAGCUCCGGUUCGGGUCCUUCCCCGUCGUGGUGGGCUCCUCGGCCGAGAUGGCCAGGUUCUUCCUCAAGACCCACGACACGGUGUUCGCCGACCGGCCAAGGACCGCCGCCGGCAAGCACACCACCUACAACUACUCCGACGUCCUGUGGGCGCCCUACAACGCCCACUUCCGCCGCGCGCGCAGGCUCUUCGCCACCGAGCUGUUCAGCGCGGCGCGGCUCGAGUCCUACAAGCACAUCCGCCACGAGGAGGUGAGCGCGCUGCUGCGCGACCUGGCCGCGGCCGCUCACGGGGCAUCUGGCCGUGCCGUGCCGCUCAGGGGACACCUCUUUGCGGCGACCAACGGCAUCAUCUCGCGGGUGGUGCUGGGCAAGAAGUACGCGGAGAAGGAGGCAGGAGGCUCGGCAGCCAUGGCGCUGGAGGAUUUGUCGGGCUUAAUUGAGGAGUUUUUCCUUCUCAACGGCGUGAUCAACGUCGGCGAUUUCAUUCCGUGGUUCGACUGGCUGGACCUGCAAGGGUACGUCCGGAGGAUGAAGAAGUACAGCAAGAAGAUGGACCGCUUUCUCGAGCAUGUCCUGGAGGAACACGAGGAGCGCCGGCGUGUCAAGGGGGAGCAGUUCGUGGCGAGGGACAUGGUGGACGUGCUGCUGCAGCUCGCCGACAAUCCUAACCGGCUUGACCGAGACACCGUCAAGGCUCUCACUCAGGUAUGCAUGCAGGAACUUAUCGUCGGGGGUUCAGAUACCUCCAGUGUAACCAUGGAGUGGGCGAUGUCGGAGGUUCUCAGGAACCCUGAGGUCUUGGGCAAGGCCACCAAGGAGCUCGACCGUGUGGUCGGCCGUGACAGGAUGGUCAUGGAGAAGGACAUCCCAGACCUCCCUUACAUAGAGGCCAUCGUGAAGGAGGCGAUGCGCAUGCACCCGGUGUCGCCCAUGUUGGCGCCCCACCUCGCACGCGAGGACGCGUCCGUCGACGGCCACGACAUCCCCGCCGGCACGCUCGUCCUCGUCAACGUGUGGGCCAUCGGCCGUGACCCGACCUAUUGGGACGCGCCGGAGGAAUUCCGACCAGAGAGGUUUAUGGGGAGCAAGAUCGACGUGAUGGGGCUGGACAUGGAGCUGCUACCGUUCGGGGCCGGCCGCCGGAUGUGCCCCGGGUAUAGCCUGGGACUGAAGGUGGUGCAGUUGAUCGUCGCCAAUCUUCUGCAUGGCUUCACGUCGGGGCUCCCUGACGGCACAACGAGGGAGCAGCUCAACAUGGAGGAGAUAGAGUAAAAUGCACUGGCGGUACUUGAACUUGAGAAGAAAGCACACUUUGGUCACUGUACUUCAAGAUACGACCAAUACGGUCACUCAAUACGCCUGCACGUGAUUGUACGGUCACUGUUCACCGUACGCCACUCGUCGCCGCUCCAUUUGACCACUUGUUGACCAAUCCGAGGCGACAGCUGGCGUUUGCGGGGGUUUUUUAUGUAAAUUAGCCCGGCGCAUCUAAUUUCAUCCUUCACCCUGAACCGAAUCCCUAAUUCCCCACUCCCUCCCCCUGCUGCUUUGCGCCGAGGCCGACGCCCUCCCUCUGCUGCUUGCCGCUGCCGCCGCCCCCCUCUCCCUGCUGCUUGCCGCCGCCCUCUUCCAGCAGCUUGCCGCCGUCGCCAUUGCCCUCUUCACCACUCCGCCAUGUCGACAAGCUCGGUUAGGUCAUCGUUCGGCGGCCGUUCGGUGGUGGUGCCGCUCAUAAGAUGCCCUCUUUGCACUGCUCGUGUGAAGUUCUAUGUGUCGAACACGGAGAAGCACGAGGGCUGGGUCUUCUACAGGUGUCCUGUUAGUGUAAGUCAUUUUUGCUAAUUUUGGUGGAUUUUUUGUGGAAGUUCUGAUGGUGAUUUCUGGCGUCUGUUCUUUUCAUUUGAUCUUCAGGACCAUUUCUGGCAUUGGGAGUUGGAGUAUGUUGGCUACUUGCUGGAUAAUCACUUUCUCGUUGGCAAUGAAGCCGUAGAUGCAUUAGGAACUGCAGAGGAUAAGAGGGAAGAGCUGACGCGAGCAAGGAAUCGAAGAUAUGCAGGUGGAGGUGCAGUAGAUCUUCCAGGCUUUGAAGAUGGAAGAAGAUCCGCAGGUGGAGGUGCAGCUCAAAUCUCCAAUCAGCAAGCAGAGGCACUCAUAGGUUUAGCCAAUCAAAUAUUGGUGAUGAUGAAGGCACUGGUGGCAGCACUCAUUGUAGUUGCAGUGCUGCUAGGCAUUUCUAUGUUGAAGAAGUGAUGGAGUUGAUGCAGUGUUUGCAGUAGCAUGCUUCCUAGUUUGUUAGGAGAUGAACUGGUAGUUGAUGUAGUUUGUUUGGAGAUGAACUGGUAGUUGAUGCCUAGUCUGUUAUGUGAUGCUUUUGCAUUGUAAGUCUGAAGUUGAUGUAGUUUCCACUUUGCAGUUGUAGUUGAUGUAGUUAUCCAGCAUUCUAAGUGAUGCUUUUGCCACCAUGUAAGCAAGUGCCUAUCUUUUACUGCAAAUGGAA